UGAAUAAUCAGUCAAAUGUUCCGAAUGUAUCCAAUCAGAUUCGCAUUUCCCAAUAAGGCUAAGGCAUGGUUCUGUUUACACUUUGAUCUGUAAAAUCCUAGGAAAAAAAUAAAGAGAUAAUAAUGGCAGCCGACACUGAUCUGAAGGAGAAAUGUAAGGUGAGGAAGUUUGUGACUGGACCACCUCCUGUUGACCCGACAAAAUGUUAUGUGAACCAAGGGGAAGAAGACCAAAUGGAAAUACAGGGAUAUACAAUAAGCAGGUUAAAAUGUGUCAUUGUUUACUUUUUCAUCAUCAUCACUAUUGGUUUGUUGCGUCUGGUAUUUCAUUGGGUGCCUCAGUGGCUUGUCUGGGUUACUCAUAGAAAAUGCAGCCUGGCUGAAGCUACCACUGUGCUUUUAAGGGACCAGUACAAACAAUGGUUUGUAGCUAAGGUUGACACAAUGACCAAGGAUGGAACAAGGGUUGAAGUACUGAAACCAUCUGUAUCAUUUUCCAUACCAUCCAAGUCGAGACGCAGACGUGCACAGCUAUUUCUUAACACUGGGCAGUAUGCAGUGAGGAAAUCUAAUCCAGAGUUGAAAGCAUCAAGAGAUGAAAACCUGAUCCGAUAUUUUGUUGUAAAGAGAGUAAAGUUCAUCUGGAAUGCUGAGGAGGACAAAUACCAGAAAUUGAGGGGUUUGGAAGUUAACAAUACAUGCUCAUAUUUCCAUGAGGCCAAAGGGUUAAGCUAUGAACACCAAAGAAAAAGGUGAAGUUUCACUAUGUUUUAUCA